GACAACUAACAGAAUGAUUUUGUCUGUCUUUAACUGUUCUCAGUGCUGGCAAACAUUUAGCGUUUAAAACGCGGAAUCGCAAUUGUCAAUCUUUCGUUAGAACUUUCCUUUCCUCAAGUUUUCCUAAAACGCACUGAUUUAGUAAUAAAUACAUGCGAAAAUGGUGGUAAUUUGAGAGAUUUACGCGUUUCUAUGCACAAACGUGGUUUUUUUCACUUAUUAAGCUGAUCUUAGCGUUUAGUUUUGUCGUUCCCGCUUCUUCACCGUGACUUGUGAGGAAGAAGAAACACUCUUUUAAGAAUACGAAGAAGCGUUCUGCUAAACUACGCCGCCAUGAAUAAUAACCCCCGUGGAGUAGCCGCCGCGUCAAAUCAGAAUCGACGAUUGCAGCCGCGGCGUCAGGUGAUCAACGUGUUACCGGACGAGGUGGCUUUGCGAGUUGUCUGCCACGCGUCGGUUAUCGGUGGCAUAAUCGGAGCAAACGGCUGUGUUGUUUCCAAGCUCCGACGCGAGACCGGUACUAAAAUCCACUGCGAGUCUCCGGUGAACGGCUCCGAUCACUGGGUCGUGUUCAUCGUCGGCUCAACUGCGGUUAACAAAAGCGUUGUGCUGACUGAUAGAGUCGGAGAUUUCUCCGGCGGGGAAAGCGAAGAUUGGGUGACUUGCGAGGUCUCCGCCGCUCAGACGGCGCUGAUUAGGGUUCUGGAGAGGUCGUGGGUGGUUCUGGCGGCGAAGGAUAGCAGCGGAAUCGUCGACGGUGACGAUAAAGAAGCUUAUUGUGGGAUUCUCGCUGAUCGGAAUCAGAUUGGGGCCGUUUUGGGUGUGGGAGGGAAGAAUGUGGAGUGGAUGCGGAGAAACUCCGGUGCGAUGAUUAGGGUUUUGCCUCCGCCGGUUUGCGGCACGAUCACUGAUCAACUGAUUCAGAUCACCGGGGAAGUCUUGGCUGUGAAGAAGGCACUUGUCAUGGUAUCGACUUUUCUUCAAAACUGUCCACCUCUCAAUGGCUAUCCGCCGCCACUUUGCACCAAAGCUUAUGAGUCAUCAUCUACAAACGCAAACGCAGAGGAUCCUCACUCCGAGUUUUUCCCGAACCUGCGUCCUUCGUUGCCUAACGCUUCAGAAACCGCCGGAUCCAAUAGAAGAUACGAAGGAGGAAACAGUUUUGAGCGGAAGGUUGUGUUCAAGCUAAUCUGCACGAGUGUAGCAGCCGGAGGCAUAAUUGGGAAACAAGGAACUAUCAUCAGAGCUCUGCAGAACGAAACAGGUGCUUCAAUUUCGAUCGGAGCUCCACUAGAAGCAUCCGGUGAAAGAGUCGUUACCAUUUCUGCACGUGAGAGCCUAGAGUCACGGUACUCUCAUGCACAAAAAGCUCUGGCUCUUGUCUACGCAAGAUCCGCUGAGAUUGAUGUUGGGAAAGGUCUGCUUCAAGGGAUGCAUGUUGCCUUAGUGAAAGCUAAGCUAUUGGUAGCGUCACAGUUCGCUAAUGACUUAGUUGGAAACAGAGAAGCAGUCAUAGCAACUGGUGUCGAUGUACACAUCCCAGUAGGUGACCAGAUUCUUGACUGUAUUUCAGAAAAUGAAAUGGUGAUAGAGAUCAUGGGAGAGUAUAGGCAUGUACAGAAGGCGUUGACUCAUGUUUCUUCUAAACUACGGGAUGAAAUGAGAGCUAAUCCAUAUCAAAGCGCAAGAGCAAAUCAUAAUCUGCAGACAUCAUCACAACAAAACCAUGGCGAGUCUCUCUCUGUAUCAAGUGGUGAACAAGACUCGAAGAUAGUAAGAAGCGGUACAGAAGUAAUGAAGUCAAACCUUAAAGACGAGAAUGAACUCAACGCCAAUGACUUGACACAAGGGAUGAAACAGCUUCAGCUUUCUAGCAAUGGAGACGUCUCUUCUUUACCACAGAGAAGUAAAGGUGUGUCUUUGAGAAACGUGACAUUGGAGCUAGCUGUCGAGAAAGAUGCUCUCGCUGCACUCUAUGGCAGAGAUGGCGCCGGUCUUGAUAAUCUACAACAGAUUUCAGGAGCCAAAGUGGAUGUUAAGGAUCCUCCUACAGGAGUUGUUGAAGCGACGGUCUUACUCUCUGGGACUCCUGAGCAAACCCGAACAGCUAUGUCUCUGAUCGUGUCCAUCCUCGCUGAUCAAUGACGCCUACACUUUUGUAAUGGAGAUCAGUUUUUUUGUCUUUGAUGGUAACUCAAUCUUUUGUUUUGAAAACUUGGGAGUUAUCAGAAUCUAAGUGCAGUUUCUUUUUGUUUGAUCUCUUCUCUGCUUCAAGCUGUAUCUAAAAGAGGAAGUUGGUUUAAUGGCUUCUUAAUUCCAAAUACCGGUUAAUGUUUUAUCAUCAUUAUCGACCGGUCUGAGUUUCUCGGUUUUGUUUUAAUUUUAAUACAAUGUUGCAAGAAA